CUACUGAAUUCUGAUUCCUACUACACGUCUUGAUCGCCUGAUUGAAAUUUCUACUCCAGUGCCCGCCCUAGGUAUCUUCUUCCGCUCCUCGAUAGGCAGGUCUUAGAUUUGCGAUUGGUGGUAUGAAUUGCCGUUGAAGUCGAUGAUAUAGCACCAGAUCUGGGAACAUUUGAGGCGGAGCUGCGAGUGAUGGGGCAUAGCUCGAAGAAGAAGAAGAAGCGAAGCGGAGGAGGACGGGGCAGGGGCUGGGCGUCCUCCAAGGACUCCUCAUGUGCCGCCGUGGUCGAUGAAAAUCUUCUUGCGGACGAGUUGACUGUAUUGAACUCAAUAUUUCAGGAUGACUUCAAAAUCAUAUCUGAACCACCUCAUGCUUCUUUUUCGAUAAAGCUGAGGCCUUACUCAAGUGAUAUGGGCUAUGAUGAUCUCUAUGUUUCUGCUAGUCUCUUGGUAAGAUGCUUACCUGGUUAUCCAUACAAAUGCCCCAAACUACAGAUAAUGCCAGAGAGAGGUUUGUUAAAAGAAGAUGCUGAUAGACUCCUUGUUUUGCUUCUUGACCAGGCAAAGGUUAAUGCUCAGGAAGGACGGGUAAUGAUUUUCAAUUUGGUGGAAGCAGCUCAAGAGUUUCUAUCUGAAAUUACUCCUUUGAGCGAAUCACAUGAAUCUAUACCUUAUGUUAGUUCUAGCAUAAAGAGUGAGGAAGCAACAUCCCAGUUUGACACAUACUGUUAUUCCGAUGGGUCUUCUGUUUAUAGUUUGGUUGAUCUCUACAGUGACUUGUGUGGUAAUGAUGUAACAUUGAGUCAUGUCAAAAAAGCUAUGAAUGGCAACUCUAGCAAAACAUUUAAGAUAGAAGUUAGGCAAGCCAAUCUGAACAACAACAAUAUCUAUUUGGAUUCUCAUACUUCGGCUAAUCCUGAAAUUCCUGUCAGAGAUGAUAGUUUGCUGCAAAAUAGGAAAUAUGAAGCAAUAAAUCUGAUAAAACAUGGGGAUUCACUAUCAGCUUCAAAGCUAAAUGUUGUUGCUGAAGAAGGUGACAAUGACACAACAAGUUCAUCUCCAAAGGCUACUUCUAUACCAAUGUCCCCAGAUACUUUGCAGAAUAUUAAUGAUAGCACAAAGCAUGAGGACAUGAACCUUAGAGAGCAGGUAGCCGAGAAUGAUAAUUUCGGUUCAGAUGAUUUAUUCUCAAGUUCAUCUAGCUAUGUUUCAGUUACAAGUGAUAAUGACUCUCAAAGUAGAGGAAAAGAUCUUCUUCUGAUACAUUUACUUCGCAUUGCUUGCUCUUCAAAGGAAUCACUAACUAAUGUUUUACCAGAAAUAUCACUGGAGUUAAGGAAAAUAGGGGUUCUUUCAGAAUGGGCUAGGGAUUUGGUUGCUGCGCCCUCUUCAGAAUUUACUGAGGCAUUUAAUAAUGCAUUUGGACGACAAGUUGCAUCUUCAAGGUUCUCUGAGUUUUGGAGAAUGGACAGUAGUUCAUCUAAAUCAACUUCACGUUACCUUAGUGACUUUGAGGAAGUUCGCUCACUUGGCCGUGGGGCUUUUGGCCAUGUUGCUUUAUGUAGAAAUAAACUGGAUGGACGACAAUAUGCUCUAAAAAAGAUUUGCCUUAAAGAUGAAAAUCUUCAUGUUAACGAGAAGAUAUUGAGAGAGGUAGCAACACUCUCAAGGUUGCAGCACCAACAUGUCGUUCGUUACUAUCAGGCAUGGCUUGAGACUGAAUAUGGUAACAAUAAUUUUGAUUCUGCUGCUGGUUCUAGAAUUACUGAAAGCUUUAGCCAUAGCUAUCUGGGUGAUUUCAAUGUUGAAAAUAGAAAUCAAUCAACAUACCUGUAUAUACAAAUGGAGUAUUGCCCCAGGACCUUACGGGAGGAUUUUGACUCUUAUUCUUCCUCUUCUGACAAAGAGUAUGCAUGGCAUUUAUUUCGCCAAAUUGUAGAGGGUCUUGCUCACAUACAUAGUCAGGGUAUAAUCCAUCGUGAUUUGACUCCUAGUAACAUAUUCUUUGAUGUUCGUAACGAAAUCAAAAUUGGGGACUUUGGUCUCGCCAAAUUCCUACAGUUGGAGCAGCUUGAUCAUGAUCAACAUUUUCCAGCAGAAAUGACAGGCAUGUCGACGGAUGGAACUGGUCGAGUGGGUACUUACUUUUACACUGCACCUGAAGUUGAGAUGAGCUGGCCACAAAUAAAUGAAAAGGCUGAUAUGUACAGCUUAGGAGUUAUUUUUUUUGAGCUGUGGCAUCCUUUUGCUACUGCAAUGGAAAGGCACAUUGUUCUUUCAGAUCUUAAACAAAAGAGUUUAGUUCCACCUUCUUGGGCUGCCAAAUUUCCCAGAGAGGCAACUUUGUUACAAAGACUAAUAUCUUUGAGCCCAUCAGAUCGUCCAUCUGCAACUGAACUUCUUCAACAUGAAUUACCUCCUAGACUCGAAGAUGAGUGGCUAAAUGAAAUUCUUCGAACUAUAGAGUCAUCAGAGGACACAUAUGUGUAUGAUCGAGUUGUAUCCACUAUCUUCGAUGAAGGAAGAUUAAUUUCAAAAUAUCAUAACAAGCAAAGUGGCCAUACAUUAAUGACUGGAGAUGAUCAUUGUAUCAUGCCACAUACACAGUUUGGUACUGGAUUCCAAGAUACUGUCAUUGCAGUUAGCAAGGAAAUAUUUAGACAGCAUUGUGCAAAGAGAUUUGAUAUAUCACCCCUGCGCAUAUUGGAUGAAUCUUCUACUUUCAACAGGAAAUCAAUCAAGCUUUUAGCUCAAGGAGGAAACAUACUAGAACUUUGUCAUGAAUUACGCUCACCAUUCGUAAAUUGGGUUGUUAUGAAUCAGAAAUUAUUUUGCAAAAGAUAUGAAAUAUCUUGGGUUUAUAGAAGAGCCAUUGGCCACUCAACUCCUAGUCAUUUUCUUCAGGGAGAUUUUGAUAUUAUUGGAGGUGCUUUAUCACUUACUGAGGCAGAAGUUAUUAAGGUAGCAUUGGAUAUAGCAAUGCACUUUUUCCCUUCGACUGCAAUGCAAAUCCAUUUGAAUCAUAGCCAAAUUCUCGAAUCUAUUUGGUCAUGGGUGGGAAUACCACAUGAAUUGAGACAAAAUGUAGCAGAGUUGAUAUCCAUCAUAGGUUCGUCUUAUCCACAGUCUUCUCAUCGUAAAUUAAGUUGGAAUUUUAUCCGCCGGCAACUCCUACAGGAUCUUAAUGUAUCUGAAGCACUUGUUAACAGACUUCAGUUAGCAGAUUUAAGAUUUUGCGGACCAGCAGAUCAAGCCCUUGCAAGGCUUCGUGGAGCACUUUCUCCUGAUAAAUCCACUCUCCAGGCGCUUGAGGAUAUGUCAGCUCUUCUUAGAUAUCUAAGGUUUUGGAAUAUUGAACAAAAUAUUUCAAUUGAUGUUCUAAUGCCUCCAACCGAAACAUAUUACCAGUCUCUUUUCUUUCAGAUAUACCUGAAAGAGAGUGGCUCGAGAAGUUCUGAGGCAACUUUACUUGCUAUUGGAGGUCGAUAUGAUCGUUUGAUUCAACAGACAUGGGAAAGUGCAUAUAGAUCUGUCUCACCUGGUGCUGUUGGAGUUAGCUUUGCAUUGGAGAAAAUUCUUUUGCUUUCUUCAGUAGAAAUAAUGCCUUCCAGAUAUGAACCAAAUACCCAUGUUCUUGUCUGCUCAAGGGGAGGGGGUGGACUGCUGCAGGAGCGCAUGGAACUUGUUGCAGAGUUCUGGGAAGCUAACAUAAAGGCUGAGUUUCUUCCCCAGAAAGAUCCGAGUUUCAAAGAACAAUAUGAGUAUGCUAGUGAGAAUGAUAUUAAAUGUCUAGUUAUAAUAACUGAAGCUGGUCUAUCACAAGGAAGCCUAGUGAAGGUUCGUCAUCUAGAGUUUAAAAAGGAAAAGGAAGUUGAGAGAGAAGAGAUUGUGAAAUUUUUAACAGAUUCAAUAUCUACACAGUUCAGGAACCAUACAUUUUGGACAUGAUUGUCUCCCAGAGAACUCGGCCAAAAGGAGCACUCCGACCAUGUGAGCUUUUUGAAUCUUUCCUUACAUUUGUAAGGUGGGUAAAAUCUACUUCUUGACGUCUUGUUCAUAGAUCGUGUAUAGAUAUAAAAAAAAUGAAACUUGAUAUAGGUUCCUUGAUUUUAGAAUCCAAUAUUAUUUUGUUCUUCUGUCAAUACAGUAUAGAACAAAUACGAAAAACAAACAUUCAUUUACAGUCUACCAUUA